UACGGCCGAUAUGAUAUAUCGGCAAACACGCAAUAUUGGCCCGAUAUAUCGGUCGAGCUCUAAUAUAUUUUUAUUAAACCAACUUGGUAAUAUAUUGUCUACCUGUAGAUAUUGCUUUCAUUCUUUCUCUUCCUGAGAACUUAAAUGAAGUUGAAAUUUUCAGAAUUAAAUUUUUAGUCUAGUUCACCUGUAGUCAAAGCGUGUUAUAACCAGGACUGGGAGCUAGGUUCCAGCUCCAUUGUGACUCUACCUUCGCAACUUAUUGCUUCAGCUUCGUAGUCAUAAUGAGUUUUUUUGGUAUGACGAUGGUAUGCUACAUUAUCGCAGUUGCGCAGAAGCGGAACUCAAAACUAUUAUGAUACAAGGGUUUUGAAUUUUAAAAUUAAAUCCUGAAUACACAAAUUUACUAUUUCAAAUUAAUAUUAGAAAUUUAAAUUAAACAAAAAAUGAUAAGCUGAAAAAGUUAAAUUGCAUUAUUUGUGUCAAGUAAUAAAAAAUUCAUGCAUAGGAAAAAAUAGAUUGUUAAUUAACUGGAGCCACUAAAAUUUUUGGUAGCUCCAGCUCUAUCCAAUAUAGUAAGCUUGUCUCCACCCCUCAAUAUAAUGUUACAACUCCAGCUUCCAGCCCUGGUUAUAACGAAGGAUUUGGAUGUACAUGGGACCAUAAAGGGAAUUCCAGUAAAACAAUUUCGAUACAAAUAGCUUAACCAUUUUACUACUGAAAAUUUUCAGUAAAAUGACUAGAUAAUAUAAUUUUUUGCAUGAGCUGUUUUGUAAUAUUGGUACAUCAUUGUUAAUAUUAGUAAUUGCAGCUUUUUUGGCAUAAAAAUUAUAGUAGAUGCUAAUACGGUGGUUCUCAACCUUAACAGUAUUGCCCUAUUCAUGUCAAAACUGUAUCCAUGUCGUUAACUAAAUAUAUUCAUGUCCAUUGAGCUGACAUACCUAUAAAAAAAGCAUGUAUCGUCAUUUUGAUGCAAAAGACUACGAAAACAUUAAAUUUGUGUAACAUUGUCAAGACAUUUCAUGAAAUUUAGAAAUGCAUCCCUUAUUAAUUCUUAUAAGAUCCUCUUAUUUCAUGCUUCUAUGUUCUAUCACUUCCUCAUAUCAAAGAUUCUGAAAGGUUGAGAACCAUUUGGCUAAUACAUGUGAAUAUAUGUACCGGUAUAAAAAUAUAAAGUAAUAAUACAUUGACUAAUAUCUGUGGAUAAUAGAUUGAGAUGUUCUAUAUACGGUAGUUUUAUUGUUUUGAAAGGCUCAUUUUUCUUGGCUUUGUUUCAUAUAAUGUUCUCCCCGAAAUUUAGUUUUUAAAAGGAUAUCAUCAUUUGAAAGCAAAUAUACAAAUUUAUCUGUUUUAUAUGCAUUAGUUACAGUUACUCAGUCAGAAUUCCUUUAUAAAAUAGUUAUCUUGGAGAGCUGAACUGAUAAUUUCAAUUAGUAAUUUUUCCAUUUUGGAUCGGAAAUUUCUUGUUCAAGCUGAAUAAAUCUUACUUACUUCUUGCUUGCGUGGCAUAAUUGCUGGAAUACUUUAUUUCGUACCUGUACUGUUGUUGUGUGAGAUUGUUUCACUUUUUAUAUUAUCUUUAACCCUUUGUUCUGCUUCCCACCAAUAUAUAGAAAACUUAAAACGAUUGGGCAGAUGUUAAAUAUAAAUGUGGUCUUUAAGUUCUGAAUUUUACUAUUUAGCUAUUGUAUUUUACCAGAGUUGUUUUGCAUAUUAGUAUCUUUUCACCAACUAUGGCUUGGGUUACAAGGAUACUUAAAUAAAGAAUUACCCACUUAUUACAAUUUUAUGAUUAUUUUUGUUGUCGAUUUUUUGGUGACAUCUAGGCAAAAAAGGAUAGAGUGCAUAAUUAGUGUAUGCUCUUUUCUUUACAAUACUGUUUUGAAGUGCUUUUCAGAAAGUGGUUGUGCGUUCUUCUUCUCGGUGUUUUUAUUUUAUAUAAUUUUUAAACUAAGUUGACUAAAUUGAGUUCAAAUUGAACCACUGUGCCCCCAUUUUGUACUUUUAUAUUUUACUUUAUAAUUAUGUGCCUACAGAAUUUAUUUACUUAUAUAGCAGAGCUGUCUGCAAACAGCAUCACAAGCCAGUCAAUACAAGUUAGUUUAAACUUAUUUGAGCAGCAAAUUGUUUCUGUGGCCUGGUGUAGCCAAACUUAUUUAUGUAACGACAGAGCACCCUGUUGAGGUCUACAUUACCAAAAUCAAGAAACAGGACAAGGGAGACUUGUAUAAGAGACAGAAAAAAUGGCACCUAAGAGAACUGAAAAUGGUCGAUGGCAAGGACUCAAAAAAGGAUUCCACAGAUUUCGAUCUUCUCUUCGACAAGAAUUUCAAAUGGUUUGCAAGCAGUGUGAGCGAAAAACACACUUUUCUAUCAUGCUUGUGGAAGCUAUGUCGGCGCUAUCUUCCAAGACUGAAUAAACCAACAUUCAAGAAUGUGCCAGAAUCUUUGAUGGAAGUGUCUGUCUCAGGCAGUGAAUCCCAGCGUACAUCUGGAAGUGGUCCUGGAACAGAUGGGUUUCCUACAGAAGAAAAUUAUCAGGUGCUAACCUCGAAGGAAGAAACUGACUUGGAACGCAUGCUAUCUGAAUGUGAAAAUGCGAUUAGUGAUGCUGAAGCUUUUGCGUCAAAUAUGUCAAAAGACUUAUCUGUACUCGAUGGUGAAAAUAUCAGUUCUAUAAUGGGAUCUGAAGCACAGGUCAAUCAAUUGAUGUCUCUCCUUGAUAAUGCCUUGGAUGAAGUCACUGCAGUUGAGACAAGACUAGAUGGAUACAAUGACAUGGUCCAGAGUAUUUCAGGCCAGAUGGGCCAAAUGAAAAACCAAGAAUCUUUUAUCCAAAUUACGAAUAAGAAUCAUACAAUGCUCCUACAAGAAUUGGAUAAACUAGUACUUCAACUUGAUCUGUCCAAAGGCCACAUUAAAGCAUUGAACGAGGGUGAUUUGAGAGUUGACAGCGGUAUUGAGGCUUGUAGUAGUGCAGCAGAGGCUCUACAGCACGCUAUGCAAGUGGAACUACAUCCAGGAGUGUAUCAACUUGUUGCAGUCAGGGAACAGCAAAAAAUGUUUGAGGAUUUGAGACAGAAAUUUGCUAAGCGUCUCUACCAUUUUCUUUAUGAUGUCUUCAUGAAACAGGGGAAUGAGCAAGCUGCAGGUGGACUAGCGAGACAAGCAAAUAAUUUGAAACUUCCAAAACAUUUUCCAUAUCAUCGAGAUUUACUACCAUAUAAACAACUUGUUCUAUGGCUGAAAGUUGCAGACAAAACCAAGUAUCAGCAAUUAUGUGGGAUUUAUACCCAGAGUCUAUGUAAGCUGUAUUCUCGUGAAAUCACUGAAUUUAUGACAAAUGCUAAACAGAGAUUCAUUGAAAAAGCUACUAUUUCCCCACAAAUGGGAGCAGCGGCCUUCAAGGCUGCAAGUUCAUCAACAAUGAGCUUGAACACUCAGGCUUCGAAAGAAAGAAAAGGCAGCAAAGCGUUUGGCGGAUUAAGCAAAAAGCUGAGCAGCAGCAUUAAGAAUUUGUCUGGAUCCUCACAAAGUUUAAGCAAACAACACAAGAAAUUAUUAGGAGGUUCUACCCAGAGUUUGAAUGUUAAAUCGAUGGGGAAAAAGUUGAAAAAAUUAGGCAGCAGCAAAAAACAUGGUGGAUUAGCAGUGAGCCGUGAAUCACUUGCAGCUUCUGAUUUUGAAUUGUCUGACAGAGAAAAAUUCAGUUCGACGUUCCGCGAAGUGUUGAAUGAGCUGGAACCUACUUGCCAGGAUGAAGAAGAUUUCUUAACCCGAUUUUUUCAUCUUAAUAUUGAGACUGCUGAUACAUUAAUGCCUGGUGGAUCUGAUGAUGAAGAGGAUGAUACUGAACAAGGUGCUGCGAGAAGAAAACAAUAUCAGGAAACUUCGUUAAUGGUACAGGUUGUGAAAGACAUCAGACCGACAGACAAAAUAUGGAGAAUGAUGACAGAAAUAUUUACUGUUGUUGAACCACAAUUACUUGGAUUAGUUGCUUUUGGUGAAAAAUUAGAUCCACUCAACUCUCUCAAUAUGUUGGUUGUUAUUGGAGACAGAGUUGCGAAAGCUAGGCAGGACAACGAUGGAUCCUUCCUUGCCAAGAUGCUUGGAAACUCAUUGAUAGAAGUGAAGAGGAAUUUUGAUAAUUUCAUGAAUCAUAAAAUCACAGUGGUGCAGGAAGCUCAUUUGAGCAAAAACAAAAAAUGCGGGAUUUUGCCUUUCGUCACUGAUUUUGAAGAUUUUGCUGAACUUGCAGAAAGUAUUUUCAAAGAUUCUCACAGGCGAAAUGAUCUCGAUAAAGCUUAUAAAGGAUUGAUCAAAGCUGUGUUUGAUGCUAUUGAAAGAUUGGCGAUGGAAAGCUACAAAACACCAAGAGAAGUUGUUCUGUUCGAGAAUUACCAUAAUCUUCACGACUUUCUCGCUCGCCUCAAGAUCGUUGGACUUGAACAGGAACGAAAAGAAGCGAAAACAAAAUACAACGAUAACUUGCAAAAUUAUGUCAGUUCUUUGAUGGGACGACCGCUGGAAAAAUUGAGUAACUUCUUUGAAGGAGUGGAACAAGUGAUGGAGGGUGGGGUACGAGCUGAAGAAGUUAGCUUUCAGCUGAAAUUCAGUAAACAGGAAUUACGGAAAUGUAUCAAGGAAUAUACAGGGAAAGAUGUCAAAAAGGGACUGGAAGCUCUAUACCAUAAAAUAACAAAACAUACUUCGGAUAAUGAAAACAGGCUUCAGCGGGUUGUCUGGCAAUACAUGCAGGAUGAGUUUCUCCGGCAAUAUAAACAUUUUGAAGAUCUAAUAAAUAAAUGUUAUCCUGGUAGCGGAAUGAAACUAGAAUUUACGAUUCAAGAUGUAUUGCAGUACUUCACAGACAUUGCUCUAUCACAAGAAAAAUAAUGUAAUGAUUGUGUUGGAUGGAAAAAUGAUAUUUUUGUCAUUAUAUAACAUAGUAAUCAAGAUACAAUGUUUAUUCUACUAUUCGUUUCAAUUAUCUGCUUGUAUGUUAAUGUACACUGUAUUUGUGCAAUCCUGCUUAACAAGUUAUGAUUAAUCACCUUCCUGUUGAUGUAUGGUUUAGUAAAACUCGUCAUUAUAAGACUAAAGAGAUUCUG